CUUGACUGUGAGCCUCUGACUCGGAGCGCUUGAGCAAUCACGCGGCGUCAAUCAAGUCGAUGUCUAAGCACAGAACAGAAAUGUUGAAGUUCAGCUUACCUUUCUGACUCCAGUAACAACUUGAAUGUAAUUGGCGAAUCUCCCAAGAGGAAACAGCAAGCUGAGACUAGACUUGGUACCCAAUGAUCCAUUCUACUUUCUUCCGUUCUCAAAGGUUCCCAAUUCCCAGAGCACUGACUUGUCUUAAGGAUCAGACGACGAGUUGCAAGAACCACCAGUAUUCGAGGUUCCACACAGCGGGAAAACCUGUAUGUUUUUUUUUCCUUUCUCUAUUCUUCUGUCUGAUUCCUCUUGCAGAGGAACUAUCACGCGAGAAAGAAGCCAGCUACGAGCUUGCCUCGACCUUCCAAUAUUCAUACCACGCAGCAAUCCAGUGCAACGACACAGAACACACCGUCAUGAUUGCAGCAAACACAUGCCCCUAUCGCAUUCGCUGCCUCGACAUAUUCUGCUGUCCCUAGUACCGCUGGGGCAACGGGAACAAUGUCGCCGCAGGGCUACAUCGCGCACAAUGGCUUCCUUAUGCCGCAGGGCAAUAUCCCGCUCCAUGACCACUUUCCACCGGAGAACUCCUUCCCGCUCCCUAAUGGCCAGCCCAUUGGAAAUAACACCUUCACCCCAUUCACUGGUGCGCUUGUCGACAUCCAUGGAACCUCAUGGCUUGACGCGAGUUCGCUGGCUGGCUAUCCUCCCCAGACCGCGCCCCCGUACUUCCCGCCCCCUAAUGACUUCAUCCCGCCCAUUGUCAAUAAUACCUUCACCCCAGACACUGCUGUGAUUGUCGACAUCCAUGGAAUCGCAAGGCUUGUACGAAGAUGAGUUACACGCGAGCGCUUAAUCCUAUCUAAUUACCACCCCUCACCCCUGGGCUCGCCAUUCAUUCCUACCGAGGACAGAAGCGGAAGAAGCACUUGAAGAAUUGAAUGAUGGUGUAUGAUUUAGACGACGGUGUAUGAAUUGGGCGAGAUUUCUGUCUUGUAUGUCAGAUAAAUUAUGUACAUUAUGUACCGGAUCCUCGAGGGUAAAUAACGGAGGUUCGAGUGACGCAUACAUAUAUACGGUACA